UUUACGUCAACCCAAGGUGUAUUUGUUUUCGUAAAGUUAUGAAUACAAUAAUGAGAAAUAAUUCCUAUUUAAUAAGAUAAGAUCGUUUUUAAAAUGUCGAAAAUAGCAAAUGUUGUUGAUGGCGAAGCUUCUGAAUCAGAUUCUGAAGUUGAAAUUGAAAUAGGAAGAUCUCCAGAUAUAUUACCGGCGACCAAAGGUUUUGUAAUAUCUGGUGAAGCGCCUGAAUCUGAUGAUGAAUCAAAGCUUCCUUCACCGUCAUCUAGAAUUGAGGUUGACUCGCCACUACAUAUAUCUAUGUAUCCUCCAAAAUCACCAACUAAGAUAAUGUACAAAUCUCUACUUCAUCAAAAGUUAUGGGAGAGUAAUGUAUCAUUUCGGGCAUCCCUCGAAGGGCUAGUCGGACAGACAACCGAGUUAGCAGUUGAUAAACUUACCAAGGCAGAUAAAACAUUACUUAAUGUCCAGGAAAGCAUGAGAGCCACAAACGCAUCCCUAGCAUUAGCUAAAGCGAGAUUAAAGCAAAUACAAGCAGAGCUGGUCAAAGUUAACUGUAGUACUGCACUUCCCAAUGUUAAAGCGAAAUAGUGCCUACUAUCAAGGAUAUAUUUUUCAUACAUUCCCAAAGUGCUUUUUUGAGCAAGAAUUUUUUAUAUAAAACUUAUAUACAUAUAUCGUUACAAGGCUUUUAAACUGUAAAUGGACCUUCCUAGUGUUAAAUCUAGUUCUUAAGAUUAAAUUAAAAUAUCUAAUUGGUUAAUUGGUAUACUAUAAACACGAAGAAGAGAACACUUUAUUUCGUCAUUAUGGGCUCUUUGCUACUCAGUAACUGAACCAUAAAUUUCACUACCAAUUUUAAAAUUAAAGGUGCGAUUGUAAAGAAAAGAAAAGAAUGUGACUGACCCCAGUUGAUAUAUCUGCUAU